CUCACACGUCGGCGGCGGUCCUGACUUUUCCUCCUCAUCGUCCACGGCGAAAAAGCGGACACGGCAUUUCGGAACAUCGCGAUGGCCGGGCACCCGUGCCGCAUUGGAAAGCUGGAAAAUGACUGCAAAUUGCUGAUCACUUCGUCUAGACUCGUCCGAAACCACCAACACCACGCGCGCCCUUGCCAACAGACUUCGCAGCUAAGCGCCGAAGAGUGUCAAGAAAUGACGACGGAGGCUUUAUUCCAACACGCAGCUGGCUCUCUGACAUGAGACGAAUUAAUGCCUGAAGCGGUAGCAUCGACCGCGGUAUACGUCCUGUUUGUGUCGUGGUUGCAAGAGGGUCCCAUGAGGCUUGCAUUAUGCAAUCGGCACCUCAUUAUGGAGUCAGGCGCCUCUCAUCAUGAAGUACGCCCUGAAGGCUAUCGCGAUGAGCGUGGUAAUAUGCUUCGAAAAGGACAAACUGGCGCAGUACUUUGGUCAUUGAUCAACAUUGAUCAACAGCAAUGCCUGCUAAAUUCCAUCAUCAUUACAGAAAGAUCCUCCCUCUCGAGACCGAGGUCAAUGAGACACGGCGAGGAAUUUGGAAUAUCAUUGGUGGUGUCUCAAUUGCUUAGACCAUGUUAAUUAAUCGACCCAAUCGUUCUCAGGGUACUACAGCUCGGAUAUAGGAAAGAUGGCAGCGCGUCUAAACGUCCCAAAGUCGUGAUCUGCAGCCAAAGUUACGAUGUUCGGUCAUUCCCUGGAGGCGGAUACGUACAAGUUCAGGGCAAUCGGCGUCGGAUCAAUCCCCGCUGCCGAAGGAUGAUGAGGGCGAUUUCCCAGGUCGCGGGUCGUCGAUCUUCUUCUGCAAAUUUUCAUCAUUUCAGGCACUCCAGCUGCCCA